GUUGGAAAGAAUCCUUCACAAGCAAACUCCUUCACGCAUGUUUCUUUUCCCUUUUCCUCUGGAGCAAGGGUCGAGUGUCUUCCAACCGUCUCGCACUUAAACCAGCUAGUGGCGCUGAUGUCGCAGGCAGCCCAUUAUUCUUCGCUUCUUCGAACUUUGUCCUUCUGGCUUUCGGUUCGUUGAUCGCCUAAAGACACGGUUCCCUGCUGACCAGACACACAUGGCGUUUCUGGCCUGUGUCGUAACUUGAAGUCACGGAAUCUUCAUCAGCAUCAUCCCUCUUGCUAAAUGACACCAGUCCAGCCGGCGGGCGAAUCAUCUCCGUCCGUCCCGUGCAAUCCACAACGGGACCGCAAAUCGCCCGAUUCCCCCAUCCCAUUUACCAUAUCCCAAUUUUAACACUCACAGAGCUCAUCCUUGCUUGACGACUGUCGGACUGGCAAGACGUUCUCGGCCUGCAAGUAGUACCAGCUCUUGUGCUUGCGAGAUACGGAUCUCGCACAUACAAACGCCAUCGACGACGGUCCGGGUCCCUCGUCACGACUUACGCCUCUGCCCACGAGCACCGUUCGUAGCUUAUCCACCCAGCGUAUCCACCAAGCGGACUACCCAGGGCCCAGUCGCGAGGUGGGAACUAUUUGCGACUUGCAGAUUACAGAGGUGACUGCUUAACCCUCCUUCCCCGAACAACCCAGGCCUUCCCACGGCACCAUACAGCGCCUCCCAGCUCGCAGCGUGCCACGCAAACACUCUCUCCAGCGUAUCCGUGGUGAAUGGGACUGACACGCAGCGUGGCAGCGCGUACUCGAGGUCAGUGAUGCAAAGUACCGUAAACCAGAGCUACAUCUGCACGCAAGAGACGUGCAUUGGAUGUGGAUUCACCACUUCAUCACCAAUGACCAUCCGCAGCACUAACGACGGGCAGGGCUAGCAGCAAGGGUUGUGUUCCCCUGCCACGCCGGUGCCAGGGGAACGCACCCCUCAGAGAUGGAGCACGAGAAGCAGGUCCGUCCUCGAAAGAGACGAGAAAAUCUCAUUGCGCGGGCCACGCCUGAAGCUUGUUCCCCUUUUCUCACUAGCCCAACGUCGAUGCGCAAACAUCCUGCGUGAAGCAAACUAGACAGAGGGAAAAGCUCGAGCCUCGAGCUCGACGGACACCCAUUUCAGGACCCGCGAAAUCACCUCCCCUGGAUGCGUCCCACGAGGUACUUGAAUACGGCCCAUCCCCCUCCUAAUGCCCGCAGGGUGUUCGUCUGCGUUUUUGCGAUCCUUCUCCGCGUGAUUCCCCAGCCUCUCCUCUCAUUUCUUCGUGGAUUUCUCGCAUCAUCUUGUUUCUCACCCGGUGCUAUCCACACUACCAAGUUUCCGACCGUCGGCCUACGAUUACCACGAACCGGUUUCUUUUCUCGUGGCAUUCUAGCCUUGACUCGUUGGGCCGGCAAUUCGUCAUCCCAAGACUGAUAUUCCGUCGCUGGUCUCAUAUUCGAAGUUCUGUCUUGCUUUUCAGCUGCCACCUUCACCCAAUACCUUGCAACCGCACACGGUCCUUACAAUUGGCUGGCCUCGCAUAGUUUCUGCCUUCCUCGACGUCAAGCCUGCCCCAAGCGAUCUUGCACAACCUGUCGUUCUGGUUUCAUGGACUGCAAGGUUGUACGAUUGAUCCACCGUAAAGCACAUCUGAUUUACAUCACAUUGGCGCCUUGCGACCUACUCACGCCAUCCCUUUCCAGUUCGUCUGAAUAGCCUCGAAGGCACAAACGUGGGAAUCCUGGACACCUAUCAACUCAACACCACCUGGACGGCGCCUGACACAAACCCUGGUUGAAGAUCACUCUCAGUACUGAGGCCAACGACCAAUCCGCGCGCAAUCUAGGCCAAGUUCAGACGACUUGAGACCGUUCCCGAGUCCCGGUGCACCGCCCGUUACGCAUCUCUAGGGGUUUACCCACUUACACCGAACACGGAAUCAUCUUGCAUCGACUUGUUGGGUGUUUCCCAGCCAUUACUCGUCGCUCCUCGCUCAUCCAGGUCGAAACUUCUACCCGACUGUCUCAACAACUUGUUUUCUCAGCAUCAAGUGCUUGCUCAGGCGACUUGACCUUCAAAAUUUCUCCCAACCAGCACACACUACCAACCCUUCACGAUGGGCGGUUUAAUACCCUUGCUUCUCAAGCCCGUCGCUGCCGGUUCCCGUGGCAGUAUCGUCUUUCCCGCCAACAAACCCGCGUCGUCAAGCGCCUCUGCGCUACAGUCAACGGUAACAACGACGACACCAGUCAGUCCGGCUGUGUCUCCCAAAUCGCGCACCUCGAGGCGCCUGUCAAUGCAAACACCGGCAUCGCUUCCAGUUCUGCCUUACACCUCUGCAGAAUGGAGCAAGGCUGUGUCCGAAGUCAAGCGUCAGUAUAUGAACCGAAAAUAUCGGCCAUGCUCUUUGCGCUGCUGCGAAAUCCUAGACAAUAUAAAGGAAUCUGCGAACAUUGAACCGGCGUACCUGAUCUACCUCCACUUCUAUGCUGCCAGCUCUUUUGAUAUGCUUUCUCGCCCUUUACGGGGCACAUCUCCAUACCGCACAAUGCUCCUCCAGCAAGCCCGGGAUCACUACACACAGGCAUCGAAUCUAAGCAAGGCUGCGGACGAGAAUAUGGCCCGCUCAUCACGACCAUCCUCAGCAGCAACAUCGAGCAUGCACUCCCCUUCAAGCUCAGUCUCGUCUCGCGCCUCAUCUCGAACAUGGACGAAUUCGACGGCCUUCUCAUCGCCUACCCCAUCUGUCUACUCCGUUGAAGAGGCCGUAAACAAACUCUCCAACAAUCAAACUUCACAAAAGAAGCGCGUCACCUUCUGCGAAGUUCCUGAGGAACCUUUCAUCCGCCCCGACUCUCCCACUCUUGGCUUCGAAGACUUCCUGUGUGCCCCGCAAGAACCCGAGCCGCGCUAUCUCCCGGUUCUUCCUGAGGAGCCAGAACCCGCUGACGAGCCCGAGGAGAUGGCGAAGCCACCAACACCCGAGCCCUUGAACGAGGACUGCGAUGCCUUCGACUUCCUCCAAGAGCGUUCCAUCCACCGCUACUGCGGUUUGCUUUCCAGCCUGCGAUCACAAAUUGCAGUCCACAUUGCAGACAUCGAGGAGCAGCUUGCCACGUCCUCUCAGACAUUUCCCUCCGUCAACUCACUUCCUACUAGAGCCGCUACCCCGGAGCUUAGCGACGAGUUGCGCAACCUCGACAUCAAGGCUCGGAUCGAGCGUCUCCGCCAGAACAACUGGCAGCGUCGCCGCUUCGACGCCAGCCGCUAUGAGGCGCUUCGCGAGAGCGUCCUCGCCGAGUUAUCGUGAUGGAUUGGAUCUAGCUCAGGAUCACAUCCACUCAUUCAACAUUUCGCAUUUUCUGCUCUUAGUUUUCACAUGAUACCACCGGCACCCUUUCCUUUCAAUGGUAUUCAUACCAUCGUUACUCAAGGCGCAUUUCAUACUCUUCCUAUUUUACGACAGACCAAAAGCAUACAGGAUCGGUAGCCAGGGUAAACCAAAAAGGGCGGCAACAUUUGCGUUUCACGCGAUUUUUUGUUUAUCGAUCGACUCGGCAUCUAAGAGCAAGACGGCGCACGACAGGACGGUUUCUUUCUUGAAUUCUUCGAGGCUGGGUUUGUUUUUUUCGUUCGCAUCUUCUCAAAUAUACCUUGUACAAACCACAUCAACGACUCGUAACGAAUAACCAACACAAUUUAGUAUUAGUAGUUUAGAGCAAGGAGGGGGCUAUCUUUCUAGCGUAACAACAUGCCGGCCUUCAAGUAGCAGCAAUGCCAAUUCGCAAGGUUCAUCUU